AUGGAGAUCUACAAGCCUGUAGGUUACAGCAUGAGGCAUGGUAACCCCAUGGUGGACCCCGAUGAAGAGCCAUACGCCAUAAGAAUGUCGAGAAUGUUCGCCAACAUUGACUUGCAACGGCCCAUAACGUUAAAAGAAGAUGAGAUUGCUACGGCUAUCCUAAAGGCAGAAGGACUCGCAAAGAAUUGGGAUCUCUUGCAAAACAUCUUGGGUGCAUACGAGCCAGUCAUACGAAAGCGCUGGUCCAAGAAAUCUAAGGUUAAACGUGCUCAACUUCUGCAGGAAGUGUAUCCAGAAAUCCCAAAGCAGCAUGCGUCAGACUUUGAUAAUAUGCGAGCUCGUUGGUUUGGAGCACCCCCAAAGUUGGAUGAGUAUCAGAGAUCUAUGGAGACACCAUAUAUUAAUUUGGAGGACCUCACACAAGGCAUGUUCUUGCCUCUCUUUUUGAACUCGAGAGGCCGAUAUUCCCCGCAUCUAUUUGUACAUGUUGAUCUCUACGCUAUGCACUUCGGGUUAAAUAUGUGGGAGAUUCCAGAGCCCAAGAUCUAUGAUGGUCUGACGCCAUGGAAACGCGCUGUCGUCUUCAAAAGUCCAGAUUCGGGAAAAUACAUGGAGUUCCUCGAGUUAAAGGAACAAUCAGAUGAGGCUUAUGCAUCUGGCCUAGGGUUCUCUCCAGGAAAAGCAAUGGUGGUGUUGAGAGCACAGGUUUUCAUGUAUCAAUUCCUUGUAAAGUGUUGCUCAGCAAUACUUCAUGACAUUCCAGCGCUUCUGGACGACAAUCAUGAGUUCAAUAUCGUCCCUGAACCAGAAAUUAUCUCUCCCUCUUCCUCUCAGCGUCUGAGUACUGUCUUUUCUGCAACCGAGUCCCCUUAUAGACCACCUAGUCAGAUCGACUUUCAAAGAAUCGAAGACCUCCUUGAAGCGAGACGCGCCGCAGCAGAAGAUCACCUAUGGUCUCUAAGAGAAGAUCCUAGCUAUUUUGCUGAAAUGCUUGAAGCUCGAGGCGAACGCUAUUGUUAUACCAGCGAAGAAGAUUCGAGAGGAUUUGAAGUAGUCAAUAUCCUUGAAUACGCAUGUGUAUCCUUGCUCCUUUGGAACAAUCUGCGGGAUGAUUUUCGGCACUGGCGAAAUCUUGAAAGAAAGUAUUCGACAGAGAUAGCUUCUGACAGGCAGCUUCCAUCUGAGUAUGAAAAAGCAUUCGUGUGCUUUUGGGACAAUCUAGAUCGGGCUAGUGAAUAUUUGAGAAUGGAUCACUUAAGGCCAGAGAUUAUAUUCUCAAAAGUCUUCCAAGACAGCAUAGUCACAGAUAUCCUGCUUGAUUAUACUGAUAAAAUACGAGGAAACGUGAAAGCCGGAGCGCGGGAUAAACUCUUCUUCAUACUAUAUGAGUUGUCUCAAAACGAGGCUAUUCUCUAUUGCUCGCUGCCGGAUCUGGUUGAUGAGCUCGAGCGUUAUCUACUUGCAAACCCAGCUGAAAAAGACCGCAUUACAACCUUGGGGGGGUCAAUCUUAUCGGACAUUGGCAUUGUUGCUUCGAUCAGUCGGGAUUUAUAUCUCUAUCAACCUUGGGCAUCAUCGGUAAACCAAAGACUUAAGGCCGAUGAUGGCACCAUAAAAGCCAUUACGGAGUCUAAAUGGAAACGCACGUUGGAUGUAUUUGAAAAUUUGGAGAACCAAGCCGUGGACGAGCUUACAAAGCUCAUUGAAUCGCCCCACUGCUUUCACUACCCUGCAGAGAGACGACGAAAUGCGGCGAAUAAUCACAGAAUGCGACAAGCUGAGAACUUGCUCGAUAAGGUCUGGGAUCACCUUAAUCAAGCUUACUUUGAUGCUUCCAGAGAGACCACACUAAGUAUAGCCCUUCAAGAUCUUAUCUCGAGCGAAAGAAGGUUGAUUCGAACGCCAAGAUGGGUUGAAGUGGCUCCCAAGGCCAAGCCGCCUCUCGAACAACGCACUGCAAUUGAUGACGAGCUGAUCAGUUCUUUCGAGCACGUACGAAUCGAAGAAGAAAAGAGCACCCAGUCUCCAGAGCCGGGCAAUCAAAUAAUCAAAGCAAAGGCCAAAUCGAAGUCCAGGAAAGCGGGGCCAUCUCGGGAAUCUGCGCCUUUAACUGAAGAGGUACCAGAGGCAGAAGAAGCUCAAGCACCGCGAGAAGUCAUCAAAGUAAACAAGAAGACAUACCGUGUUUUUACAGCAUUGUUCUACACACCUUCAGAGAAAGAUCCACCCGGAGAAAUUUCUUGGCAAGACUUUCUUCAAGCAAUGGCCGCGGGCGGGUUGAAUUCAGAAGCAUUGUAUGGCAGCAUCUGGCAUUUUACACCUCAAGAGCAACAUGCUGAUAAAUUGAAGAGAAGUAUUCAGUUUCAUCAACCUCACCCUGGGAAGCUUAGUCUCAGGACGGCCAGGUUUUUUGGACGACGCCUUAAUCGAGCAUUUGGUUGGGAUAUUGAAUUAUUUUCUCUAGCCUAA